UAUGAGGGAUCUGGGGAAGAAAACAACAUUGUAACUUGUCAGACUUAUUGCUUUUAAGAGGCUUAAGAAAGUUUCAAACUACAAAAGCACAACUUUACUAAAUAAGUGCAUUGUGAAAUAUCUAUGUCACUGCUGGAACUGCUAACUUACUAUUCCUCUGCUGUCAUCACUUCAUUGAUCCUCGCACUGCACGCAUGCAAAAAAAGCUCACCUCAUCAUCAUCAUCAUCAUCAUCAUCAGAUUUGAAAGUAACGGUCUCUCUCAUCAAAGCCUGCCGCCGCAUCCGUGGUUUGUGCGGCUAUCCGUUAUAAGGUUUGUAAACUCAAAAUAUAAACACGCAGUCUACUCACUAUAUGUGCAAACACAUACACAUUAUCUUAAUUUAUUAUACAUUAGGCUACUACGUUUUUACAGUGUUUACAAAGUGUUUUAGUCUUUUUUUAUAAAAAAAAAAAAAAAAAAAGAUUGUGUGGCUUCAGAAGACUUACAACAACUCAUAACACAUGAGUUGUGGACUCGUACGAUACUUUUUAGGAUCUUUUCUUGGACAUUUUUGGAGCUUAGAAUAUUUAUCCAUUUUACAUAGAUUGAUGCAUUGAAUUGAAUGAGACUUGAAUUGAUUCAUGAAUGAUUUACACAAUUUUUUUUCUGUUUGUGUUUCAUGCAAUGAAAUUGAACGGUGACUGCAUUAUGCCUGAGAUCUGCUUGUGGGUUCCACAGACAGAAAGUCAAACAGGGAUCUUGGCCUAGUAUGCUGAAACACAGGUUUAAACAGGAAUAAAAAUCCUUCUGUAGACCAGAAUAUCAUUGAAGUGCCUGGAUCAUCCACCAGAAAACAGAGAAAAGAAGCCUAGCAGAAAACAAAGCUACUGUAUCUUUUUACUUUUCUGACUUAUUAAUUACCUCAAAUGUACCUGUCACAGUCUGUUUAGUUUCAGUUUUAGUUUAUGGACUUUCUGUUUACAUUCUAUGGUCACAUGUUCUGUUUCCCGCCUUCAUUAUUAGUUCAUCUAUAUCACCUGUGUCUUAUUAAUCAUCCUUGUUAUGUUUGCUAUUUAGUUCCUCCUGUUCACUCAGUCUUUGUCUGUUCACCAUUUGACUAUGUUGUGUUGCACCUCUCUGCCUGUUCUCCUGUGGAUUAUUGUAUUAAACUGAUAUUUGGAUAUAUUCUCAUCGUCUGUGUUACCUUCCGGCAACCAACCAUAACAGAUGAACGGACCGCCCAAAUUUGAUGAACGGGCCAAGUUCAUCACCGUGGCCCAGGAAAGCCACGAUUUUUUUCAUUUUGCCACAAACUAUUGUUUUUUGGCUAAACAGACCUCUAGAGGAUGACACCCUCAAGGACCUGUUCUGGAUCGGGGCCAACCUCUACCAUGCCACCCACCUUCCAGACACCACCGGACUAAGUUGGAGGGAAGCCGUAUUUUGGUGUCUGGAAAGCGUGCGGUCCCGAUUCAGAACCCGGCCAGACCCAGAGCCCAGUCCGUUACCACCGCAAUUGACGACACCUGUGCCCCCCACAGACUGGAAGCUUCCGCCGCGACGCUAGAGCCUACACCCGAGGACAAAGAGGUGGAGCUCAACAUCGCCCCGGAGCCGAAGCACCGUCAGGAAUCUGACCAGGGGUGUGAGCCGAUGUCAUCGUCCAUCGCCGUGGGAGUCCUAGUGGAGUUCGAGGGGAUGGAUGCGAGCCCUGCCCAAACCCCCGCCACUGAGAGCGAGCAACAGUUGGACUUAUUGGACAGUUUUAUAGAGAGUGGUGAGGGAAAUACUUUGUAUUCCUGCAUUUCUAAUGAUUCUGAUUCUUCGACAGUUCUAUCAUUCCCUCCCAACCACCCUCUCCCACCACCUCAAAUAACUACCAGUAAGGACACUUCAUCUUUGGGUUCCUGUGCCACUCAUUUCCAGAACAUCGCCAAGCCUGUCACCCAGCCAUCAUCACCUCUCAUCAUUCCCAUUGACUCACCUCAUCCUCCUUUCAGUGGCGAGGCUUCAUCAUGGUCCUGCUGGGAGGUCACUCCUUCUGGGCGUCAGGAGUCCAUGGCUCUGCCUCCUGCCUUGUCGUGCUCUGUUCUGCCUCGACCCGUCGACCUGGCUCCUGCACCUACACUCCUCCUCCCCUCGACUCCGGCUCCGACCAUCGAGCAUUCAGACUCGCCAGGCUCCCUCGGUACGUCGGCUCCCCCUGGGUCGGACGUCGCCAAGCCUCCGCUGCGGACUUGCGGGCCGUAUGCUGCUCUUUGGCCCUCAACCCCUUCGGCUUCGGCAAGCUCCGCCCUCCCUCAGGCUCCACCUCCGCCCUCGUUCGCUCCAGCUCGUCCUCUGCUCUCCACUUUCGCCUCGGAGAGUCGUCACUGCGGCUUCGUCGCGGCAGCCCAGGUCAUCGGCAUCCCAUCACCGCCUCGGACUUCCGUCUGCGCGGGGAUUCCACACUCCAAGGCUCCGUCACCGUUGGUCAUCUCCACGAACCCACCAUCAAGGCUCCUACCACCGUUGACGUCCCCUUGGGUCAUCGCCUUGGCUGUGCUCUGGGUCACAUCCACCUGGCCACUCCUACCUCCUCCAAUCCCGCCCUGGUCGUUGUCCUCCAUCCAUCUGCCUGUCUCUAGUUCCUGCCCCUGGCCACACCCUCAUCCUCCUCCCAAGCCGCCUCCAUUUCUCCUUCCACGGCGUGAGGACACCCCUUUUCGGAGGGGGGGCGUAAUGUCACAGUCUAGUUUCAGUUUCAGUUUAUGGACUUUCUGUUUACAUUCUAUGGUCACAUGUUCUGUUUCCCGCCUUCAUCAUUAGUUCAUCUAUAUCACCUGUGUCUUAUUAAUCAUCCUUGUUAUGUUUGCUAUUUAGUUCCUCCUGUUCACUCAGUCUUUGUCCGUUCACCGUUUGACUAUGUUGUGUUGCACCUCUCUGCCUGUUCUCCUGUGGAUUAUUGUAUUAAACUGAUAUUUGGAUAUA